CAACAUGUUUGCAGCGCGUGUUCCUGUGGGCGUCCGCCUCCUCCUUCUGCCCCUUCUCCUGUGCUGCGUGAAGGGCGCCCUGCCGUUCCCCCACGGCGUCGCCUCGCAGAUGGACGCCGCCCUGCCGCCCCUCUACCGCCUGGCGCUGCCCAGGGACCUCGUGGCCGAGGAGGCUCUUCCUGCCAGAGAUCCCGUCCCUGAGCUGAGAAACGACGACCUGCUGCGCCUCCAGACGUUGCUGCGCCAGCUGCCCAGCUUCUACCCGGUCGCGGCGGCCGCCGCCCCCCCCUCCUCCGCCGAGUUCAUCGGGUCGCCCUCCAAACGCCAGGGAAUGAGCGGAAAGAUGAACCUCGGAUCUAGGCUGAUGUGCCAGCUGGACACACGAAACUGCCCAAAG